CUGAAUUAACAGAAUCUGAAUUGCAUGAAAUAUUUAACCUUGCUUUAAUAGAUAAUUUUAUUAUAGAUAAAGAAGAAGAAGAAAGUGAAGAAUACAAAAGUAAUAAUUACGAAACUUUAUUAACUCGAACUAAUUUAGUUUUAGAAGAAAUU